AACCAACCAACCAACCAGUGUGUCAGGGCAGUAGAUUGAUACAUGGUCCUCUUAUGUGCCACUGUCAGCCGUUGUCUAGACUGGAUUGAUCAAGUUGAAUUUAGCUUAAACAAUUGUCAUUCAGCCUAUAGUGGAAAUUCUAAGCAAUGUUGCCCAUCAAGGUAGCUCUGUGUGGUAAAUUAGCCGUCAUGCUAACUGUUUCUAUGUUACGUCUCGCACUGACCCAGCUAGCCUGAUUUAUGUCUAAGUUCAUUUUCCUGAGCCCUUUGGUAUGAACACUUCUCUGAAGACUGAGAGGCUUUGUAAACACGAUGUGACUCUCCGCUUAGAAGCUCCUAUUCUGAGACUCAAGGCAGCUGGGUCUCUGGCCCAACACGCCACACACGUGCACACCCUAACACAGCCCUCCUAAAUGUUUAUGAACUCGACGUAGCUCCAACAUCUGGGCAGCACCUGAAGCGGUUUAACGGCUCACUUAGUCUCUUGUCCCAGGGAGAUAUUUCUAACAGCAGCUAUGUGAAGACGCCAUUGAUUUCUGGCCACCUGCACACUAGCCAGGUUGUUCCUGUCAACCCCUCUGGUAUGCCCCGGUUCUCCAGCCAGCCAGCAGCAGCCAGCAUACGCCUGGGAGACAGCCAGGUUCUGGCCUGCGAUGUCAACCCAGACCUGGUGCCUUUAGCCCGGUGGGAGCGUGAGCGUGAGCCCCUGGAGCUGAGCUCUAGGCUGGUGCAGCUACCCAACGGAGCCCUGGUGGUGAGCAACGCUCGGAGGCCGACGCUGGGCUCUACCGCUGCAUGGUGGAGAACGCUGGGCCCGCCAAGACCAGUGAAGAGGCCCAGCUCACAAUACUGCCAGAAACCGGAGAGGAGAGAGAACUGGAGUUCCUGGUAGAGCCACUUCCUGUGACCAAAGUGGUGGGGGCCAGUUUGCUGCUGCCGUGUGUGGUGACGGGUUAUCCAACACCCUACGUCCGAUGGAUGGUGGGAGACAAGCUUGUUGAGGAGAGGUG